AUGCAGCAGCCGAAUCAAGGGAAUGAGAUCUACUUGAUGCGCGGCAUUCCGCCGAAGUUGACGGAGAUCGAGGUCGUGAGCCUCCUUUUCCAGAUAGGAGUCCCGGUGCCAGUUUUUUGGUACGUCCCUUCUAUCAGGAACUCGCAUCAAGAGAAUCGAGGCUAUGCUUUUAUAGGCUUCGAUGCGGGUGGCUGG